AUGGCACCGAAGAUGUACAGAUGGAGUCUGUUACUGCUAACAAUGUUCGUCCAGUUUCUGGUUUGCUUUACUGCCCAUGUCACAGUUUCUGCAAAGGAUACAGAUCCGAGCAUUAAGUGUGGGCAAUGCCCUUGUGGUGAUCCUUGCAACCAGGUGCUGCCGGAUCUUCCUCCUCCAUCACCAUCACCGCCGCCUCCGCCACCCCCUCAACUUUCACCUCCUGUGGGAGAUUGUCCACCUCCACCAACUUUGCUUUCGGAGAUCAUGCCACCACCACCACCACCACCAUCCCCACCACCCCCAAAGCCACAAUCCCCACCAAGAUCACCGCCACCACCUAGGUUUGUUUACGUGACUGGACCACCUGAAAACUUGUAUCCUACUUUGAACCUAUACUCUACAGCAGCACAUAAUGAUUAUCUGGAGAGUUUCUGGGGGCUUGUUUUGGUGGGAUGUUCUGCUCUUCACUUGCUAGCAUUCAGGUGA